UGGAAAUUAUAUCCUGAUGGGCUGCAGCGUGCAGCACAAGGAAUUUAACACUUUUUCCUGGCGCUGGCAGAACGCAUGAUGCGAGAGGCAGAUGAGGGUCUGGUGAGAGGGUGAGGUCUAGGAUUUAGGGGUUCUUCUCCCUGUUUCGGCAAAGGACGUGGGUUCACGCAAAGAAAGAGCUGGAUGUUUGUUUUGGGCACGGAGGUGACAAGCACGCAGGUCUUCCAGGAAGAGGGCUUGUUUGCAGUCCAUCCUGCUGGCAGCUUCUGCCCCUUUUCCCACAAGCAUGGAGCCUCAGUCCUCAGUGCUGGUGCUGCUGUUACUGAGCCUGGCUAGGCCAGUUCUGUCAGGUCCUGAGCCAAUCACUGGACCAAGAUGUACCUAUACCUUCAUCUUGCCCCAGCAGAAGUUCACAGGAGCCGUGUGCUGGAGCAGUGUACGUCCUCCCCCUGAACCUCCAGGUCCCAACCGUAGUGCGGUGGAGGAGCUCCAUGACCAGCUGAGCCGGCAGCAGGCCCAAAUGGAUGAGCUACGACGACUGGUGGAGGUGGACGGGGCCAUGGUGAGCGAGGUCAAGGCGUUGCGCAAGGAAAGCCGCAACGUCAAUGCCCGGGUCACCCAGCUCUAUACUCAGCUGCUUCACGAGAUCCUUCAGCGACGAGAGCGGCCAGUGCAGACCUCUCAGCUUGAAGGGCGCGUAGCCAAUGCUUCUGCUGAGGCCGCACGGGUGGCUGCCAAUUAUCGUCAGCUGGAGGGGAAGUACAAUGCUUUGGCUGCCCUUGUCAACAAUCAGAGUGCCCUCAUCAGCCGCCUAGAGAGAGAGUGCCAGCAAGGAGCAGCUAGCAGGGAGGUGCGCCCACAGCCACCUUUGGCACCAGUGGUUCCUCACAACCCUGCAAGUACCUCCAAUGAAAGCAGAGCCCACUUUGACACCGUCAAUGACAUCCAGCGAGACCAGACGGCAUCUGCCCAGCACUGGUCUGACAAAGCUCCCUCUCCGCUGGAUGGCACUCCUCUGCUUCCUGCUGUUGAGCCCACCAAAUCUAUAGGGCCUUGGUCUGACUGUCAAGCAGCUCAACAGGAUGGGCAACCCAGUGGCAUCGUCAUGCUGCAACCAGUUCAUGCCCAGGGUAUCAUCCAGGUCUGGUGCGACCAGGAACACGAUGGAGGCGGCUGGACAGUCAUCCAACGGCGGCAGGAUGGAUCAGUCAAUUUCUUUACCACAUGGCAGCAUUACAAGAAUGGUUUUGGGAACCUGGAAGGGGAGCACUGGCUGGGCCUGGAAUCCAUUCACUUGCUGACCCGCCAAGGUUCAUACAUGUUGCAUGUGUCAAUGGAAGACUGGAGUGGGCGACAAGCACAGGCUGAAUAUAGUACCUUUGCUCUGGAGCCUGAGAAUGACUUCUACCGGUUACGGCUGGGCAAAUAUCAAGGCAAUGCUGGAGACUCUCUCUCCUGGCACAGUGGCCGACAGUUCAGCACUCUUGACCAUGACCAUGAUGCUUACUCAGGGAACUGUGCCCAUUACCAGAAAGGUGGUUGGUGGUACAAUAUGUGCGCCCACUCCAAUCUCAACGGUGUCUGGUACAAGGGCGGUCACUACCGAAGCCGCUACCAGGAUGGAGUCUACUGGGCAGAGUUUCGUGGUGGUGCCUACUCUCUCCGUAAGGUGGUGAUGAUGGUCCGGUCUGCGCAAGGCAACUAAGUUCCAUUCUUAGCCACAGAAAAGAAGACAAACCAAACAAGAAUCCAGAUGGAUGUACUUUAUAAAAGAAUUCACUGAACUCUGGAUACACACUAUGCUUUUUUAUUCUCUAGGACUGACCUCAGGGGAAACCUCUUUCACUAUCUGUGCAUUGCACGGAUUGGCUGGGGGCCUUGUACUUCACAGACUCACCAGCCCACCCACUUCUCAAGCCAUGUUGCAGCUUUCAUAGAAUGUAUUGCUUUCACCUUUCAUCAAAAGAAGGUGCCAAAGGUAUCCCAAAUAGUGCUUUAAACCAUUUUAAAACCUUUAAAAUCUGGCAAAAAGAGAAAGCGCCUAGUAUACUGAGACACCAUGUGGCAGAAAGUAAUAUUGUAGGCUUUCCAAGAUCUCUUAUUUCAAAAAUACUUUGGGCUUUUCCCAGCUAUAGUUCUCUCCACCUCAAGAGAGGACUAUAGCAGGGAAUCCUGCCCUGCUACUCAGCACAUCCUUGAGUCAACAGAAAAUGAUAUUGGCAUAAAAUUUGCUGUCCUUGAUGUUGCCAGCCCUAGUCCCUGCAGUCCACCCCAGUCCCUCCAAGGCAGUGUUUCUCAACCGUGGCAACUUUAAGAUGUGUGGACUUCAACUCCCAGAAUUCCCUAGCCAGCAAUGCUGGCUGGGGAAUUCUGGGAGUUGAAGUCCACACAUCUUAAAGUUGCCACGGUUGAGAAACACUGCUUCAAGGUAACAAAACUUUCAACAGAUUCUAUGCACCCUGAGGCUGCCCUUGGAAAGGAAAAAUAAUUUCAUCACCAGUACAGCCAAGGACAAUUUUGAUUUGUCUUAUUCACAGGCUAGGGAUGAGAAGAAGGCAGGGCAGGAGAAAAGAAAAAGACGUUGCCAGGGCACAUUUGUCCCAUGUUGAAAUGCAUGUGGGGACACAGCCUCUGAGAUGCAUCCUCACCCUUAUCCUGGCACGGUGUCAGGGGAAAUUCACUUCCUGAGGGGAGUUCUCUGGUCCGGCUCCAACUGGGAGUCUCAAAAUGGCAGUGCAGCAAUCUCCAACCUGCCUGUAUGACAUUAAAGUCUAGUCUAGUCUGACCAGAGCAGGGUUUAUUUUUGAGGAGGUGCUUGUGUUAACUCUGCUAGAUGUCUUUUAACGGCUGGUGUGGCUCAUAUUCUAUUUCCUCUGCCUGCCCAGAUAAAAAUUCUGUUCCAGAGAAAAUAAAAUCCUGAAUGUAAAAUCUUGCAAAUACAAAUCCUGCAAAUGAA